AUGCGAUUCAGUGGAAUAUCUUCUCUUGUCCUCCUGGCAGCUGGUGCUGUCCAGGCUGCGUCUUCAUGGAGUUUUGACGAUGGCAGCGUCUCCAUCAGCAGUAAGAAGGCUGCUGGUGAGGCUACCAAAGAGAAAUUUGGACCCAAAUCCCCUCUCGAGACCCCAAUUACCCUCGGCGCUCAAGAUACCCUCACAAUCAGCUUGACGGCAAAGGACAACGGCAAGGCGAAGCGACCUCACCAAGCCUUCCUGCUAUUGAAGGGCGAAAGUGGACUGGAGGCCCCUUUCCCCCUGAGUGUUAAGGACAGCGGAAAGGCGAAGGUUCAGAUCACUCAGAAAGACAUUCCCGUUCAGUUCCUCGUGUCCCCGGAGCCCGUCCACGCAACCGUUGUCAUCGGAUCCUUUGGCUCCGCGCAAGGUGUCAUUGCCGAUGUCUUCGACGUCGACAUCAAGCAGGAUGCCAAUGCACCCUCGCCUGUCAUCCCCUCCAUCCAGCGCUACGGCAAACAGCCGCAGAUCCACCACAUCUUCCGCGAAGAAACCAAGUACCCUUACAAGAUCUUCUCGAUUUUCUUUGUGCUGGUUAUCGCCGCUACACUGCCCGCCCUUCUGGUCGGUUGGUUCGGAAUCCUCGGCGCGAACCUCAACAGCCUCCCCAAGGCCCUUGGUGCGGCUCCACUGUCCCACGCGACCUUCUUUGGAUCUAUCCUUGCGAUCGAGUUCGUGUACUUCCUCUACCACCGUGGCAUGUCGCUAGGCCAUAUCCUUCUCCCGGUAGCUGUCCUCGGCACAACCACCGUUUUGAGCGGAAUGAAGGCCCUGGGAGAAGUCCAAAGCCGACGACUUGCCGGGCAGCGAUGA